AUGGCUAAACUCGCUGCAUUUUUAACUGCUUCAGCUGCCUCAACAAGCCGUUUUAAGGCCGUUCUCAGCUUUCUGCACACUUUCAGAACGAUCAGCGUGGGUUUUUUUCUCAGUGUCACCGUUCACAUUCUGCUGGACAACUUUGUUACCGCCACCACCACUAACCGCUUUCUCCGGCUCUGCAGCAGCCGUCACGCAGACACAAGCGCAGCACAGGGCAAGUACCAGCAGCACGGGGCGCACCAUCAUCACUCCUCCUGCUCGCAUCAUUACUGCUGCCUGAGAGUAUCCUUCUUAGCAAUGUAUCACACAAACUGA